AUGAAAAACUUUGUGGUGAUAGUAAUUCUCACUGUAUAUUGUACUACAAUAACUGAGUCAUUACAGGAGAUAAUGAACGCAUUUCAAAAAGCUCGCCUAGAAGAUAGAGCACCCUGUUUGCACCUGCUAUCAAAUGAAACACUCAGUAUAAUGAAAACACGAAGACGCCUUGACAACCCCGAAAUUCGGUGUUUCGAAGCAUGUUUGAUGGAACGUCGGGGAUAUCUCAAAAACGAGAAAAUCUUAAUCGAUGAAUACGAAAAACUCAUUACUUCAAAUUUAAACAGAAUCAAAGAAUUUAGCAUAAAAGCUGCGCGAGCAUGUGUUGAUAAAGCUGAAAAAAGUGGGAAUAAGUGUGAGAUAGCACGUAAUUACAGUAGGUGUAUUUUUCAUCAGACAAGGAAGCAUUUCAAUCGAACUGCAGAGGAAAUCGAUGAAAAUCAAAACCAACAUUUAUGA